AUGACUUUGAAGUAUGGCUCUACGGAUGUUAGAUUCCUUGUUGCAAUAGACUUUGGAACUACUUUUUCUGGGAUAUUCUGCAUUGGAAAAAAACCUGACGAAGAAUUGGAUGAUUUGGAAGAACAAUGUAGAAUAUUUAAGUUACAUUUAUCGGAUUACAAAGGAAUAAUAACCUUGGUUACUCGUCCCAAUAAAGUUACAAACAAGCCAUUGUAG